AUGUCCUCGAAACCCUUGGUCUUCGUCACUGGUGCAUCGGGAUACCUGGGAUCUGUAGUGGUGCAUGAGCUUCUCAAAGCGGGAUAUCCAGUGCGAGGCUCCGCUCGUGGCCAGAAGCUCUCGCUUCUCAAUGAGGCAUUUUCCUCUUACCAGCAAUUUGAAGCCGUUGAGAUCAUCGACAUCGCGACUGCUGAUUUGACGGAGGUUUUCAAAGGCGUCGGCGCAAUAAUUCAUACUGCAGCCCCACUUCCGGGUCGCGCAGAUAGCAUUGCUGCUUUCAGGACUGCCAUUGACGGCUCACUAAACAUCCUUCGCGCCGCAACCAAAGCCAGAAUAUAUAAAGUUGUUGCAACAGGCAGUAUAGCCAGCUUUCCGGAAAAUCAAUACGGGCCAGAUGAUUGGGUCUCAUUGACCAGAGAGGAGGCUCUGCAAGGAAAUCUAGUCGACGUGUACAUUGGCGAGAAGAAGUUCAGUGAACAAGCCAUUCUUCAAUACGCAAAAGAACACCCUGAGAUGGACGUUACGAUCUGUACAUUUCCCUCGUAUAGUUAUGGUCUUGCAGCUUCUCAUCUUCACUCAGUCAAUCCACCCUGGAUAUUUGGCCCACUUGCACCUGGUUUCGAGUCCAUCGUCCCAACUCCGGAAGGUUCUACUCUAGCAUUUUCAUCUGACGCCUAUAUCUAUCAGCUCCUUCGUCCAGACAACAAAGUCUACCAGACUUUUCCGGGGACCAUUGAUGUUCGAGAUGUCGCCCGUAUCCACAUCGCUGCUCUUGCUGCUCCUACAGCUAAUGAAACCCGCCCUCGUCGAGUUGCCAUUGCAUCACCCGAACAAACCGACUUCCGCGAUGCUAUCAAGUUCAUUCACGAUGAAAGACCUGAACUCCGCGCGCGCCUCGCCGAUCCGGAGACCGUUCCUCGCUGGCCCAGCUAUCAGAUAGAUGUGGAUCUGACUCCAGUCGAGGAGUCGUUUGGGUAUCCAAUUUCGGCAUUCAAGACCUGGCGCGAGACGAUACUUGAUGCCGUGGAUCGGUUCAUCGAAAUAGAAAGGCAUUGGGCGAGCCAGGGCCACAGGUUUGAGGCUGUUUUCUUUUUGGAUGAUUGCGUUCUCGUCCCACUCACCGUCUUCAUCCACGCUAUGGCGACUGGCUAA